GAAAAGUGUGCAACAAACAGCUCAAUAAAUAAAAUGCAAAGUCCACGCAUAUAUUUAACUGAACGCAUCAGAGCCAGAUUGCACACGCAAUCUCACCCCACGCAUGCGUACACGCACAUUAGCCUGCUGAAGGCCAUCUAGAUCGCUGAUUUUCACCGAGCGAGCCGGGCGCAGACAGUUGAAUGGGGGAAAGGAAAAGCCAGCUUUGUAGAAAGCCGUUGACGGCGUAUUUCACCCACCCUGCAGAAUUCCUUGCCUCCAAGUCUCCUUAGCAAGUAGCAAGCCCGCCUCCCCCUUCCCGUCUGCAUCCUUUUCGCUAUGAAAAUGCAAGCCGGCCCCUCAAAACUAGCAAAACGAUCCGCCGCGCUGGCCCGGAGCUCAUGCGAGGGACUUCAUUGGAAACAACAAAUGCGCCAUUUUCCCGCAAGCAGGCUGGCGCUACUCAUCGGAAGGGCCCGGAGCGCCGUUUUCGGCCAUGGUAAAGAUCGACUCGCUCGCUACAGAAAGGUUCGCUACCUCCAAACCUAUCAAGGCACAAAACGAAGGGAGGCGCCCGGGCGAGCGCACGAGAAAUGCGAGCGCUCGUCAACAAGCUCGGGCUGCAUGCCGGGGAAAGUGAGGCUUGACGGGCAGCGUCGUGGGAGGAGGGACUGCAUUGGCCGGCAUUCACAGCCGAGACGCCGCCCUGAGGACCAGCUGCUCAGCCUUGGCGUGACAGUGGACGCGUCUAAGCGGGCGGGAGCUCGCAAGGUCCCCUCCCGCGCUGCUCCUUCAUACAGACCUGUCACAACUCAGCCGGGACCAACACGAGAGCGGCCGCGUGCACCAAAGCCCGAAGCUCAGCGCUGCCUCCAAGGCGGGGAAAGGGCGCGCAGGGGGACGGGCUGGCGGUCUUCCUCCAGUCAGCGCGCCGCUCCCGCGCGCUUCGCCCGCCUGUCGAAGGGGAGGAACGGGGCGGUAGCGACGCCCGCCGGGGUUGUGUUUGAAGAUCCCUCCAAUGCAAACCCCUAAAAGGACACCUUAUUGGAGAUCAGAGAGACUGUGAGAACAGCAUGGAAUGCAA